AUGACGCAAUCCUAUUCGUCCCUGAACUUCGACGGGCAGAUGCGCGUAGAUGCCAACCAUGCCAUGAACCCACACUAUGCACCGAAUAGCUUCAGGAACAAAUUCCGCCCGGAUGCCGCUGAAACCAUGUAUCAGACAGCCGAUAACCAUGUGGGACGCAAAUCGCACUUCUACCAUGAGGGCUUGAAUACUAACAGCCCCGCGAGCUUUUACUAUCGAGUCGUGACGUCGAAAGGGAGAGAUAAUCUACACCGCAACACUGCCGAUGUUCUUCGCUUGGUAGACUAUCCUGUUAUUCAGAACAAGUAUCUGGCGCAGUUGUAUCUGAUGGACCCCGAGUACGCAAAGGGUGUGUAUGACUUAUUGCCUGAGAAGAAGUUUGAUUUCUUAGAGGUUAAGUCUGUUGGUGCAGAGAAGGUAGGCAAAGAAUCGAGGUUCCUCCCUAGCUCACGUUCAGGGCGUGUUCUCCGCAUGCCAACAGCUGCUGGAUACAGUGGCUAA